AUGAUGCGCUCCGUGAUUCCCCUGAUCGUCUCGCUUGGCUCGCUGGCUGCAGCCAUUAACAUCACCAGUCCUGCGGCCAACACCACCUACGCAGCCGGGUCCACUGUGACCGUCAAGUGGACCAGCGUCGAUACCGAUCCCACCAACUUCAGCCUCUAUCUCUGGAACUUUGUCUCCUGGCCUCCAACCUAUGUUCCGCUGGCCCUGGACAUCCCAACGGCCGAUCUGUCCCACGCGGUCCAGAUCCCCUGCGACACCAACCCCGAAUGGGGCUACCGGAUCAGCGGCAUCAACGGCACCAACGUCUACAUCAUCUACGCGCAGGGCGACAAGUUCACCGUCUCCGAGCCCGUCGACGGCACCGACUGUGUCGACCCUGCUCCUGUGCCCACGCCGUCCACCUGCCCCAGCGCUGCGGCGUCUACCGUUUAUGUCACGGUGAGCCCUACCGGUUCCAGCUCCCGUCUUUUCCAUCCUUCCUCCCACGUCUCCUCUCCUUCACCCAGCACCACUGCAACCUCCAAAUCUGUGAAGCCCGGAAUCGUGCCUAAGACUAUUGGUUGGUGUUCAGACUACUCCCACCCUGUGACCUUGGACAAGGUUCCCACCCCGACUCCAGCGCCUAUGGUGACUCCCGCCCCGGGCCAAGAUCCGGGUGCUCGUGGUCCUCGUGUCAAGACCAUUACUACGACUGUGAGUGUCGAGGCUUGUCCGAUCGACGCGAUCUGA